AGGAAGCUAGCAGAGUCUGCUUCUGAGACCAAUUCUGUUACAGUACAUGGCAUUUAUGAGGAUCAAUAUAAUUAUGAAUGAAUUGCCUCGUGAUACCUGUGACAACCACACUAAUCAGCUGGAUGGCACCAAGGAAGAAAGAGAGCUUCCAAGAGUUAUCAAGGCAAGUGGUUCCAUGCCAGAUGAUGCUUCUCUCAACAGUACUACCCUGUCUGACGCGUCCCAGGAUAAAGAAGGGAGUUUUGCAGUUCCCAGGAGUGACUCUGUGGCUAUACUUGAGACCAUUCCAGAUCUCCCAGUUCAUUCCAAUGGAUCACCGGAGCCGGGACAGCCAGUGCAGAACGCAGUCAGUGAUGAUGAUUAUCUAGAAAAGAACAUUCCACCAGAGGCUGAGGAGCUGUCAUUUGAAGUGUCUUAUUCAGAAAUGGUUACAGAGGCUCUAAAAAGAAAGAAACUUAAGAAGUCAGACAUUAAGAAAGAAGACCAUGUUUUAACUAAAUUUAUUGUUCAGAAAACCAGAUUUGGCUUAACUGAAGCAGGAGAUCUGUCUGCUGAAGACAUGAAGAAAAUCCGCCAUCUCUCUCUCAUUGAAUUGACUGCCUUUUUUGAUGCCUUUGGAAUUCAACUGAAAAGAAACAAAACAGAGAAAGUAAAAGGACGAGACAAUGGGAUUUUUGGAGUUCCGCUUACGGUCCUCCUGGACAGUGACCGAAAGAAAGACCCUGGAGUGAAAGUUCCCCUGGUAUUACAAAAAUUUUUUGAGAAAGUUGAGGAAUCAGGUCUGGAAUCUGAAGGAAUUUUUCGACUUUCGGGAUGUACUGCUAAAGUCAAGCAAUACCGUGAAGAACUUGAUGCCAAGUUUAAUGCUGAUAAAUUUAAGUGGGACAAAAUGUGCCAUAGAGAAGCUGCAGUAAUGUUGAAAGCAUUUUUCAGAGAACUACCCACCUCUCUCUUCCCUGUGGAAUACAUACCUGCCUUCAUCAGUCUAAUGGAAAGAGGGCCUCACGUCAAAGUACAGUUUCAAGCCUUACACCUCAUGGUCAUGGCGCUGCCUGAUGCCAACAGGGAUACAGCUGAGGCCCUCAUGACAUUCUUCAGUAAAGUGAUCGCCAAUGAAUCAAAAAACCGAAUGAGUCUGUGGAACAUUUCUACAGUGAUGGCACCAAACCUUUUCUUCAGUAGAAGCAAACACUCUGAUUAUGAAGAAUUACUGUUAGCAAACACUGCGGCCCACAUCAUCCGCCUAAUGCUUAAGUACCAGAAAAUUUUGUGGAAGGUUCCAUCUUUUUUGAUCACUCAAGUAAGAAGAAUGAAUGAAGCCACGAUGCUGUUAAAGAAGCAGCUCCCGAGUGUCAGGAAACUGCUCAGGAGGAGGACCCUUGAGCGGGAGACUGCAAGCCCCAAGACUUCAAAGGUACUGCAAAAAUCACCCUCGGCAAGAAGAAUGUCUGACGUGCCGGAAGGAGUCAUACGGGUCCAUGCUCCACUUCUCUCCAAGGUGUCCAUGGCCAUUCAACUCAACAGUCAAACCAAAGCCAAAGACAUAUUGGCAAAAUUUCAAUAUGAAAACAGUCAUGGUUCAUCAGAAUGUAUUAAGAUUCAGAACCAAAGGUUAUAUGAAAUUGGAGGAAAUAUAGGAGAGCAUUGCUUGGAUCCAGAUGCUUAUAUAUUGGAUGUAUAUCGUAUAAAUCCUCAAGCAGAAUGGGUGAUUAAGCCCCAACCAAGUUCUUAAAAUAUCCUCAAGAUAGCUGCUAUCAUGUAUUAUAUGCCAAAAAGAUCCUACAUUUUGGUAGGGAAAAAACAACACUGUGUUUGA